AUGGUCAAUUACUCUGAAUGGAUGCGUGAGGUCAAUGACGACACUCGUAUCUCUAAGCUCUCAAUCCCAGGAACUCACAAUGCUGCAGCUUCUCACACUGCAUUGCCAUCAGUUCAAUGCCAAGGUGAGUCCAUCACUGAGCAAUUGAAGCAUGGUGUUCGUUUCCUUGAUGUUAGACUCGCUAAGAAGUUUUUAAGUGAAGGAGAUGAAGCAUUGGAUCUUCAAGUCAUUCACGGGAACUUCCCGGUCAAGAUCCCAUUCCCAUUGAAAUUCAGUUCUGUUUUGGAAGAAAUUUAUGACUUUUUGGAUGAACACAAAUCUGAAACUGUAAUCUUAUCUCUUAAACAGGAAGGUCCUGCCAAUUGGAAUAACGAUCAAGAUGAAUUCGGUAAUUGUAUUUGGGACAAGUACGUCAACAAGAAGAAGGAUAAGUGGUACUUGAAAACUGAUGUUCCCAAGAUUGGUGAUGCCAGAGGUAAGAUAACUCUUUUCAGAAGAUUUGGUGUGAAAAACGAGGACCGUGCGAAGGAAUUUGGAUUCAAUGCUUCUUCAUGGAAAUACAACUGUGAAGAAGAUGACCGUGGGACUUUCUGUGUUCAGGAUUUCUGUGAACUCAACACUGAAGAGGACGUGGAAAAGAAAUUAGGUUACGUUAAGAAUUUAGCCAAAAAGGCCAACCAGUUCAAUUCCAGUCAGUCUGAUAAUAAGUUGUUCGUCAACUUUUGUUCUGGUUCCAAUUUCUUUAACACUGACUGUUGGCCAGAAAAGGUCGCAGAAGCUGUUGCUAAGGGAGAAGUUGACUCCUCCUUUGCCAAGGGUGUUGGGAUCAUUGUUAUGGACUACGUAGAAGCUGAUGAUUGGAAAUUGGUCAAGCUUUUAGUUGACAAGAACUUCUAG